AUUUAUGCCAUUCGACAACGAUGGACAAAAGAAAAAGUUCUCCCUUUGUAGCUCCGUUGCCAAUUGUAAAUUUGUAGGCCACCGUCCUUCCAAUUCUCCCAUGUUUUCCUCCGUCAAUUCCAAUGCUUCCCCUUUGAAUUUCUCCCUUCUUCUCUUUUUUCCUUCUUCCUCAUCCUUCCAUCUACUUCUUCUCAUUUUUCAUUCCUAAAUUUCUUCUCUCAAUGGCUCCCAUCAAGCUCAACCAAUCCCCUAAUUCCGCUGCCAAAUCUGUUGCUUCUUCCACUGAAGCUCGCAUUCUUGUUCGGGAAACUCUCCGCGUCACUGCUAACUUGGCUUCUCCUCCUCUUGAUCCUCUCCUCCCGACUAUAUCCCCCGCUGCCCCACACGCCACGAAUCUUGGUAUUCUAGAGAAUCAGUUUCUUGAUUCCACCUCCAGGUUGAUUUGUUGCGAGGAAAUUGAUGGUCGCAGGUGGAAUUAUGUUGCUGAUAUUCAGCCUUCCGGAAAGUCGAAGAAUGGCUCGAUCCGUGCUCUUUGUUUGCAAACACCACAAGCUCCUAUCGAUGAGAUGAUGUCCUUCAUAAGAUCGUAUGUAGUCCCAGAAGGCUUCCCCGAUAGUGUUACCCCUUCAUAUGUACCAUACAUGACGUGGAGAGCUUUGAAGCACUUCUUUGGUGGAGCAAUGGGAGUUUUCACAACACAGACACUAUUAAACUCUGUUGGGGUCGCCAGAAAUAAAGCCACUCCUGGUGCCAUUGCUAUUAACUGGAUUCUUAAGGACGGGGCUGGUCGUGUUGGUAAAAUGCUAUUUGCUCGGCAGGGGAAAAAGUUUGAUUAUGAUCUCAAGCAGCUACGUUUUGCAGGUGAUCUCCUUAUGGAGUUGGGUGCUGGGGUAGAGCUGGCAACUGCAGCUGCACCACACCUUUUUCUUCCUUUGGCUUGUGCUGCUAAUGUUGCAAAGAACGUUGCAGCUGUAACAUCAACAUCGACCCGCACUCCAAUCUACAAAGCCUUUGCAAAAGGAGAAAACAUUGGAGAUGUCACUGCUAAAGGAGAAUGCGUAGGAAAUAUAGCAGAUCUGCUAGGAACUGGACUAAGCAUAAUGAUUUCCAAAAGAAAUCCAUCUUUGGUUACAACUUUUGGUCUCCUUUCAUGCGGUUAUAUUUUCAGCUCUUAUCAAGAGGUCAGAUCCGUUGUGUUACAUACAUUGAACAGAGCGAGAUUUAACGUAGCAGUAGAGACAUUCCUCAAGACAGGGCGAGUACCCUCAUUGCAGAAGGGGAAUAUGAAUGAAAGAAUAUUAAGUUUCCCCUGGCUGAAGGAGAAUCCUAUAGUUCUAGGACCAAGAUUCAAAGAUGCAUUCCAAGAUGCUGGUUCAUUUCUUGCCAUAGAGCCCUUGUUUGAUAGAGAAAAAUACAUCGUGACAUACAAUCAAACCAAGGGCAAGGUAUAUGCAUUACUCAAAGAUCAAGCGAAGUCUGAUGACAUCCUAAAAGCUGCUUUCCACGCUCAUGUGCUGUUACAUUUUGUACGCUCAUCAAAUGGGGCUCAGAACUCUAAGAGAAAACAAGUUGAUGCUUUUUCAAGUUCUGUGCCUACAACGACCAAUGUUGAGGAAGAAAUUGCUGCAUCAUGUAAAAUGGUUUCAAACUCGUAUGAGAUUUUCAAGAGUAAAGCUUCAGAGCAGGGAUGGGUGAUGGCAGAAUCGCUUCUCAAUCCUGGUAAAGCUCGAUUAUGCCACAGAUAAAAAAGAAAAAAGUGUGCAAACUGCAUGGUUUCAUCAUCGCGAAAUACAAGGAGUUAAUAUAUGUAUCUGAAAGAUACAAAGGGCUUUCACCGGAUGGCCAUUGAUAGGAGGAUGGGUAAUAUCAAGUCUCUUUGAUUUCUGAAGAUCCUUGUCAGAGCCCAGUCAGUUGCUUUCCAGUUGACUGGUAAAAAAAAAAAAUGGUCUGAUUAAGGGUUCGUGUCUAUUGAAAUGGUAACAACUUCAGUUCUAAGUGUAACAAUAGGUAAGUUUUGUUAAUGUAUAUGCGCCUUACCCCCAUCUUUUUAUCCAUUUCCUGGCAUCUCGUUGUUUGUUGUUAGCAUUUAUGGUUAUUCUCGUAAAAUUUUGUUUCAACUAUGUUUUUCCCACCGAGUAUUUUUGCGUAGUACAUAUACUUUAGGCCCCUUACUGUAUCACAUGAUGCCUUAAACUCUUUCUCCCUCGCGUAUGUCAUAAGAUUUAUGGUAGUUGGAGGAUUUGGUGA